AUGUCUGAUGACGAAGAUGUGAAAAAAGUUUUAGCACCGCAGAAAAAAAUCCGUGUUCGAUUUGUUGGUGAUGAUGAUAUCGUUCAACAUAUUUUACACAUCAAGGAGAAAAAAAGAGGAAAGAAAUCUUUGGUUUCAUAUGGUACCAAAAAGAGUCGAACAGCCAUUAUCAAUGACCAAGAAGUUGUGCUGGGCAGUAGUGAUGAGGAAGAAGACAGUUAUCGCCUUUCGGAAGCACUGGCUGCCACAGACGAAAUGACAAUUGGUAAAGAGUUGUUCACUUUUAAAACUCCCAAGAAGUCGGGUGCUAUGGCUCAAAAAGCACUUGAUUCACGAACACCCAGGACACCCACAUCUCAGAUCAAGAAAGAUGGUGAUCCCAUGGGUACCCCUAAAACCCCCAAGACUCCAGGAACACUCAAAGCAAAGAAAAAUCUCAAUGGCUAUGCCACAAAAGAUGAUCAGAAAUCCAAUGACAGACGAAAGAUGACGGAAAGACACAGCCGCCCUGAAACUACGACCCCUUAUCGUCUUCGCAAAAGAAACAUUGAGAUUAAUUAUGAUGCAGAAAUUUCUAGUGACAGUCUUGAUUCUUCCAGUGAUGAAAAUGAUGCUGAUUCUGUUCUCAGUGAAACAUCUGCUACUUCUAAUGAACAGACAGACAAAACGCCAUUAAAAAAGACACCGUCUUCAAAGUCCCGUGCAAAGGUUGCAACCCCAAGUCAUUCUAAGAAGCUUACAGAAGUGGAAAUGACGACUGCUGUUGAAAAUUAUUUUGAAAUUCAUUCCUACAAAGGCAUCACAUCAGAUCGAACUUUGUCUAAAUUAAACUCUCCUCGUAUUGGACAAGAGGAUUUAUCGAAACUUCUUCAAAAAGUUUUGCCCGGACAUCGAAAAGAAUGCAAAGCCCUUUUUGAAAAUUAUAAACUUUUGUUUGACAAAUGGAUUUUCCUGUUUUCUAAUGGCUUUAACAUUUUGCUCUAUGGUAUUGGUUCCAAAAAACCACUGAUUGAGGAUUUCCAACAGACCAGACUGAAGGAUUAUGACCAUGUCGUGGUUAAUGGCUUCUUCCCAAGUUUAUCCAUAAAACAUAUUUUAAAUUGUAUUACCGAAGAAAUACUUGAAAGUCAAUUGACAUUCAAGACUCCAUUGGACCAGUGUGAAUUUAUUAAGAAUACACUUGAGUCUGCAAAGAGAGAUUUUUAUUUAUUAAUCCACAACAUUGAUGGAGUGAUGCUUAGGCCAGCCAAAGUCCAAAAUAUACUCAGCUUUCUUAGUAAAAUAAAAGGUUUUCAUAUUGUGGCUUCUAUUGAUCACAUCAACGCCCCACUUAUCUGGGACCAAACUCGAUGGAUGAAAUUCAACUGGCUCUGGUGUCACGUGACCACCUAUAUGCCUUACCAAGAAGAGACGUCGUUUGAGAAUUCAUUAAUGGUCCAACAAUCUGGAAAUCUGGCUCUUAGUUCUCUAACCCACAUCAUGCGCAGUUUGACAUCCAAUGCCAAGGGAAUAUUUCUGUUGCUUGCUCGUUAUCAAUUGGACAAUCAAGACAACACCUACAAUGCAGGAAUCUCAUUUCAAGAACUCUACCAAAAAUGCCGGGAAUCAUUCUUGGUUAACAGUGAUGUUGCCUUACGUUCACAGCUGACUGAAUUCAAAGAUCACAAGUUGAUUCGUUCCAAGAAGUCGGUGGAUGGUACCGAACAGCUUCAGAUUCAGUUGGAUGACGCCACCCUAAAGGACUUCUUAGAUUCCCAAGAAGAUCAGAACAAAUAA